UGGCUUAAAUUUCUUCUAUUCACGAAUUAUUCGACUGAAGAAUCGAUUUCGUUGAUCUUUCUGUGAUGAUCUCAACACCGUGAGUGACAGACGCCUCGAGCCAAAAGCCAAACCAAAAUCAAAGCGACAAGCACACAAGCAAGGAAAGAGCAGUUUGUGUAGCCCUUGUGCCGUCGACAAACCAUGGCAGGUGCCAGCAAAAAGAGAGAUCGCUGGGAUAGCAGCUCGGAGGAAGAGAAUGAUGCCAAAGAAUCCAAAGAGCCACAGCUAGCCAAAAAGAAGGACACCAAGAAAGACUCUCUCCCCACACACAACCCACUACUAAGUGGCUGUCGCUCGGUUUAUGACACGUACGAACGACUGGCCCGAGUCAGUGAGGGUACCUAUGGGAUUGUCUAUCGCGCCAAAGAUUUGGCAACCCAGGAAAUUGUGGCGUUGAAGCAAAUCAAAUUCGACAAGGAAAUGAUCAAGGAAGGAUUUCCACUGUCGGCACUCCGCGAAGUCAGCGUCUUGUUGGCCAUGUCGCACGAAAAUGUCGUCAACGUGAGAGAAAUGGUCGUGGGCGAUGCCUUGGAUCAGGUCUUUAUGGUGAUGGAAUUUAUGGAAUUCGAUCUCAAAGAAGGACUCUCGCGGUUCCGGGAUGCUUUGGCACAGUCGGAACUGAAAUCGAUUCUGCUCCAAAUUGUAGCGGGGAUGCAGCAUAUGCAUUCCAAAUGGCUCUUGCAUCGGGAUAUGAAGACGAGCAACAUUCUAGUCCAUCGAUCGGGACGAGUCUGUCUCUGUGACUUUGGAUUGGCACGGAGUUAUCAAGAACCACAAUUGCAACAAUUGACACAGCUAGUCGUCACACUCUGGUACCGAUCGCCAGAACUAUUGUUUGGGGAAACUCGAUAUGGACCUGCCGUCGAUAUGUGGUCUAUUGGGUGUAUCUUUGGAGAACUCAUCUGUAAGGAUUCCAUCAUGCAAGGACAAGGAGAACUCGAUCAAAUUGACAAGAUUUUUGAAAUGGUGGGAGUACCAACAGAGGAAAAUUGGCCUCUCUUUAAGAAACUACCCAAUGCUGGAUUGCUGCGAUGGAAACCACGAAAACGAGAGGAUCUAUUGAUUUUCCAAAAGUUUCCCGUCAACAAGCCCGUGUCGUCCACGCAGGCCUUUCUGGACGUGAAUGGAUUUGAUUUGCUGCGGAAACUGUUGACGUUGAAUCCAAAGCAACGCAUUACAGCGGAUGAUGCUAUGCAGCAUCCCUACUUCAAAGAGGGCGUCAAACCAAAGACACCGCGGUUCUUUUGUGAAUAAUGUAGUGCUAGCUAGGGGUGUUUUUAAACUUGGCUUCUUCAUCCUCUUUGUACAUCGUGUGUGUGCUGACAUCCAUAGUAGCAAACACAUUUUGGAGGAUCAUGCAUUUCACACGAUAUCAUUCCAACCAGGUAUUGUUCAUGUGGUAAAGUACUACGGUACUGUAGUACUCUAAAAGAGCUCUUGCCAAUUUCUUGAA